AUGAUAUUUCAAAUCUUAUAUUUAAUUUUCGCGUCACUUAUAAUGCAGGUAGUGGAUGCACAACUUUUGGGUAAUCAACACAGCCUAGGUCUCCCUGGAAGACCCUAUCAAAAUCAAAUACCCAACCCUGGUCUUCCCGCUUCCAUAGCGGCGGAAAAGGCAGCGUUGAACAUGGGAUAUGGAAACUUUGCCAAUGGCAUGGCAAUGGAUCCAGCAUUUGCUAACAUAGCAGGCUUCAACCAGGAACUUGGUUCGUUCAACGGAGGUGGUUUAAUAGUAACAAGUUCAUCGCCCAUUGCUGCAAGUGGAGUGACAGUUCAGUCCGAGAAUUUGGUGGUUGAAGGACCAUUAGCAGUCACCGGACACUUGCCAUUCUUGGGAGUAGUUGAACUGGAAGGGCCCUUGCCAGCUACGGGUCAAGGUGCGGUGGCUUAUGGUGCUGGGAAUGGCGAUGUAGGAAUGACUGGCGAGAACUUGAAUGGCAUUCCCGAGCCAUCAAUCAGUAAUGUUGCUGCUGUAAGUGCCCGAAAUGCUGGUUUUGGCAUACAAGGUCUGGGACGACGAGGCAUUUAUUAG